CAGGCUGGAGAGGCAGAGCCAGUACAUUAGUCAGAAACCAUUGGGAAUUGUCUCAGUUCAGGCACUUUAACGAAGAGUCGGUACGAUUUCCCUCAAAGGAAAGAGAGUGACAGAGGGAAGGAAGAUGAGGAUCUCAGGUGUUAGUGUGGCUUCAGUGGGAUGUGUCCUGAUGUUGCUGGUCAUUACUACAACAAAAAUCACUGAAGCAUCACUUUAUUCUGACAUGGAAGGAUCUGCUAUAGAUGAGGAUACUGAUGACAUUUAUUCUGGUUCUGGCUCUGGAUCAGGUUCUGGUGACGGACUGAUUUUUCUACCUUAUGAAAAGAAGACAUCAGCGCCAGUAUUGCAAGUGUUUUCCUCACCGACUCCAAGCGGUUUGCAAUCAACAAGCAAAGUGUCCUUCACCACAAGCUCAAGUGAAGUUACUACAGAAGCAACCGUAGUCUAUAUCAAACCAGCACCCAGGCACAAUACUAAACCACCUGUGGAAAUCCUAGUGACUGAACACACCACCAUGUUGCCACCAUCUACCAUGUUGCCUGUCAUUGUCCCAGAUAGCAGUGAAGAAACCGUUACUGCCUUUGCUCCUUAUGUGUCAGCUAUCCUUUCACGUGCUUCUACAACUGCACCUGACCAUUCUCUAACCACUACUUCCAACAUUGGAGCUGACAUCGCCAUAAACUCUCGGGAACUUUUUUCUUCAAUUGUGCCAAAGACAACUUCAGUGAGUGAAGUUACCAGUGUAGAUGAUAACGUGAAAGGAAAAGUAGAUCUAAUUGAAAAGGAAACUGGGAACGAGAUUGAAAAGAACGAACCUGAGAUUUACUUCCCCAAUGAGCGCAAAAUCGUCCAGAAACAAGAGACUCCAGUAGGGGCAAAUUCAGAUGCUAAUAAGAUGUCCGAGAUGAGCAAUUCUAAGAGUUUCCUGGAAAGAGGCGAAAUAGUGGCAGCUGUUGUUGCUGGAGGAGCUGUGGGCCUCAUCCUUGCUGUUCUGCUAGUGGUGCUGUUGGUGUAUCGAAUGAAGAAAAAGGAUGAAGGAACCUAUACACUGGAGGAAACGAAGCAGCCAAAUGGAGGCUACCAGAAGCCAGUCAAACAGGAGGAAUUCUAUGCAUAAGAAACACAACUUUUGACUGUCCUAAAUCAUUCUCUCCAAAGUCAUGAUUUAUGUUUGCCUGAAUUAGAAACUGAUUAAUAUCAGAUUAAUAUCCAUCUGUACCCUGGCUCCUUGACCAAUUUAACACACCUUUUUUUGGAACAAACAGGAGUAACUUAGGUUUGUGUUUAUUAGGAUUUCUGCUAUUUUGUUUCAUGAAAAGGCAGAACACGAUUAGAUCUACCACCCCGUCCCCUCCCCCAAGCACAAUCAACAAAUAACACUGCCUUGUAAAAUAUUUGGACUCCUUUUUAACAGAAAAAAAUGACCAAUUUUGUAUCCUAAAAGUCACAAACUACUAAAUAUCUAUAAAUUUCUAUAUUGUAUUAUAACCAAACAAGAAAGGGAUGCAGCAAUUUGGCUGUAUUUGGCCUUUUUACUAUUGUGAUUUAAAUGUGUUUGCCUGUUUCACUUUGUCUACCUAGUACAGAUUUAAGGAUUUUCCUUUGCUUGGCUACAGAAACUUUCUACCAUCGGAGUGGAGCUUGUUAGUAAAUGUGCUUGUAUUAAGAAAAAGUCCUGGAAUGUUCAUGUUUUCAACAUCCUCUAAGUUUGAUGAUGCUUUAUAGUGCUUGAAGGAUCAAUGGGUAAAAUCUUUGUUCUACUUGCUAAAUACAAGAAUCAAAAAGGGGAGCAGUUAAAUGCAGUUUUAAUGCAUUGUAUAUUUUGGAAUAAAUCAAGGACAAUAAGGGGCUUUGUCUAUUUCCAGUGUUGACAAUUACCCUUUUACACUGUAAUUGAUUGCAGAGCACUUGAGAUUGGUCCCUUUUUACAGAGCUGGGCCUCUGAAUUUGUGUAAGAUUUGGUUUACUUGGAUAUUUUCUUACACAGGAAGUCAUUUUGUGUGUGCAUUUAUGUUGGCCUUUCUACUUAUAUUUGUGACUUACCUUAAUAACAAAAUGCAGUUGAUCCUUUCUCAGCUUGCAUUUUAAAUUGAGAAUAUACCUAAAUAUCUAAAGCUUACAUUGCAUGCACUAUACAGAUUUCGAAAGGUAAUACAACAAACACUAGUGGAAAGGAGUAACUUAUUGAAUGUGAUUUGUGUAAUCCAGGCAAAAAUUGCUGCACCUUUUUAUAUUCAUGCACCAUUUAAAAACACUUUCAAAACUCUUAUUUUGUUGUUUUACUUCAGAGAUAUCGUACAGUGUUAAAUAUAAACACUGGGUUUGUUUUCUGGGGGAGAAAUCCCAUUUUAGUCCAGAUUUAUUCAAUUUAUGUAGCAUUUAAGAGGCACCAGAAGUUUGCAAAUUCGUAAGCAUAGAAUUUGUUAGAAGCUGUUUUUUUGUAAAUUCUUUUAGGAGAACCUGCAGAAAAUCUAUUUUGGAUUCAGACAGAAUUAAACAAUUUGCCAAAUUCUCCAUGCUCUGAAAUGCCAAGAAAAUAGAGUCAAUCUGGACCAGUGGUGGCCAAGCUCUUUGGUUGGCUAACAAAAUAUAUGUUUCUUGAUUGACUAUUUGUUGAUUUAUGGCAUAAAUCUAUGCUAUUUUAUUAUUUCUAUCAUGAUUUUGUUGGCCGACCAAAAAGGCCAUAAAUCCAAUCUAAACCCAGGUCAAAUUUCUCCUCAAAGUUGUACUUUUCAAAGGCUCUGAAUUUAUUGAAGCUGAAAGGCUGUAUAAAUUAAGUCACUGUUUGGGACGUCCUCCCGACGUGAAAGGCGCUCUAUAAAUGGAAUCUUGUUGUUGUUGUAGCUGUGCAUCAUGCUCUGUCUUUGAAUUUAUGCAAUUUCAAAAGUAUAUAAUGAGUUAAAUGGAAAUCUAAAAGUUUAAGCAUUAAUUACACCAAAAAAUCAAGUUCUCGGGACCAGUUGUAUGNUUUUUUAACACAUCUAAAGUUGUUAAAGUUUGUAAGUUUUGUAUCGUAGUUCUAGUGGUUAAGUUGUAUCUGAAACCAUUUUGUUCAGCAAAUAGAUCUAGUUAUCAAGAUAUUGGUUGCCAGAACAGAACAAAAGUGAGUCGGUGACUAUUUUUGUGAAUGUUUAAAAACUUUUCGUCCCGAGCUUUCAUUGAUAACUUUCUAUUUAUUGUGCCAUUUCCAUACCUAACUUCCAAUAAAUGAACAUUGAUGCAGUAA